AGGCGUCGAGGCCCUGAGCUACCCUGGAGUUUUCACCGGAGGCAAAAGUCCACUGCAGGCGGGCCGAGGGUGGGCGGAGGAAGGGGACCGCCUGGGGACACUGGGAAGCCAGGGGUACUCCUGAGGGAAGGCAGGGGUACUGGCUAGCUAGUAAAGGCGAGGAGGAGCGAAGGCGAGGGGAGGAGGCGCGGUGGGAGGAGGAGUAGAAGACAAAAGCCGAAAGCGAGGAGGGCGCCGACCGCACACUGCGGCCAGGAGAGGGACCGUCGGUGCUGCGAGCCGCGGGCGCCCGGAGGCCGUAGCGCACGGGGCAUCCGGGUAGACAGGCAGCAUGGGGAAGGGAGGUAACCAGGGAGAGGGAAGCACCGAGCGCCAGUCUCCGAUGCCCACCUUCCGCUGGGAGGAGAUUCAGAAGCACAACCUGCGCACCGACCGGUGGCUCGUCAUCGACCGCAAGGUCUACAAUGUUACCAAAUGGUCCCAGCGGCACCCGGGGGGCCACCGUGUCAUCGGACACUAUUCCGGAGAAGAUGCUACGGAUGCCUUCCGUGCCUUCCACUUGGACCUGGAUUUUGUGGGCAAGUUCUUGAAGCCCCUGCUGAUUGGUGAGCUGGCCCCAGAGGAGCCCAGCCUGGACCGUGGCAAAAGCUCUCAGAUCACUGAGGACUUCAGGGCCCUGAAGAAGACUGCUGAGGACAUGAACCUUUUCAAAACCAACCACCUGUUCUUCUUUCUCCUCCUGUCCCACAUCGUCGUCAUGGAAAGCAUUGCCUGGUUCAUCCUCGCGUACUUCGGCAAUGGCUGGGUCCCCACCCUCAUCACAGCCUUCGUCCUUGCUACCUCUCAGGCCCAAGCUGGAUGGCUGCAACAUGAUUAUGGCCACCUUUCUGUCUAUAAGAAAUCCAGAUGGAACCACAUUGUCCACAAGUUUGUCAUUGGCCACUUAAAGGGUGCCUCUGCAAACUGGUGGAACCAUCGACACUUCCAGCACCAUGCCAAGCCCAACAUCUUCCACAAGGACCCGGACAUAAAGAGCCUGCACGUGUUUGUCCUUGGCGAGUGGCAGCCCCUUGAGUAUGGCAAGAAGAAGCUGAAAUACCUGCCCUACAACCACCAGCAUGAAUACUUCUUCCUGAUCGGACCACCGCUGCUCAUCCCUAUGUACUUCCAGUACCAGAUCAUCAUGACAAUGAUCAGACGCAGGGAUUGGGUGGACUUGGCUUGGGCCAUCAGCUACUACAUGCGUUUCUUCUACACCUACAUCCCUUUCUAUGGCAUCUUGGGAGCUCUGGUUUUCCUCAACUUUAUCAGGUUCCUAGAGAGCCACUGGUUUGUGUGGGUCACACAGAUGAACCACCUCGUCAUGGAGAUUGAUCUUGAUCACUACCGGGACUGGUUCAGCAGCCAGCUGGCAGCCACCUGCAAUGUGGAGCAGUCCUUCUUCAAUGACUGGUUCAGCGGGCACCUCAAUUUCCAGAUUGAGCACCACCUCUUUCCCACUAUGCCACGGCACAACUUGCACAAGAUUGCUCCACUUGUGAAGUCUCUCUGUGCCAAGCAUGGCAUUGAAUACCAGGAGAAGCCGCUGCUGAGGGCCCUGCUCGACAUUGUGAGUUCGCUGAAGAAGUCUGGGGAGCUGUGGCUGGAUGCCUACCUCCAUAAAUGAUGCGGCAGUUCUCGUGGCACCCUCGGGGAAGGGGCCCAGUUGGGUGACAGCCAGAGGGAGGGGAGGGCUUUUGUUCUGAAGGGUUCUCAUGAGACUGAAGUGUCUGCUGGCUCACAUUUCCCGUGCUUGGUCUUUCAUCCUUUCUUGUUCUUCUCUUCCCUCACCC